AAUUAAAUUACAUAAGAAUAAAAGUCAGAGUGUGACGGCGUUUAUUCGAAAGAAAAACAUUUGACAGUAGGAGAAAAUAAUUUGCCUUUUCACGAAAACUAAGGAAAACAAUUCAUCACAGCUGUCAAUCAGCAUUAUUUUAAAAAGUUUAGAGAAAAAUUCGGAGUUCGAAGGGAUCCAGGGAGAAUUUUUGCUUCGUCCCUGAUUUAACUUCCUAUUCUUCUUCUGUGUUAGCACGCGAUAGGUUCCGAUCUAAUGGAAAGUCCUGUAGAUGAUAUUCUAUCCAAUCGCUGAACGACAGCACAAAACCAGUUCGCUUACUUUAAGAAGAAAGGCCACGUCUUCGGCUUUUUCACUGCCUGGUGGAGCGGGGCAGUGUUAUUUUUUUCCAAACCACUCAAGUUUUCUAUAUGUAAAAGCAGUAUUUUCGGCACAGUCAAAUUUCAAGCCUGAAACAAUGUUGGUCAAUUAUCUAUUGCUCGCGUUCCUCUUUCUUGGAGUUCGAGCUGCUGAAGAAGAUGUUGUUGAAUUAACUGACAGCGAUUUCUCCACACUAGCUAACCAUGAAAAUUCACUUGUCAUGUUUUACGCACCAUGGUGCGGACAUUGCAAAAGAUUGAAACCUGAAUUUGCGAAGGCAGCGGAAUUAUUGAAAAAUAAUGAUCCUCCAAUUUCACUAAUCAAAGUUGAUUGUACCGAGGGCGGAAAAGACACGUGUAACAAGUUUUCCGUCAGCGGAUAUCCAACUUUGAAAAUAUUCUCAGGAAGUGAUAUGGUUACUGAUUACAAUGGUCCUAGAGAAGCUGCUGGAAUCGCAAAAUACAUGAAGGGACAAGUUGGUCCUGCUUCCAAAUUAGUGUCUAAUGUGAAAGCAUUGGAAGAAUUCUUAAGCUCAGACGAUGUUGGAAUUGUUGGUUACUUCGAAAAAGAAGACUCUUCCUUGGCCGGUACUUUCCAAACUGUCGCCAAAAAACUUCGUGAAAAAUUCCAAUUCGCUCACACUUCCGAAAAAUCCGUCCUCAAGGAGAAGAAAAUGAAGGACAACAUUGUUUUGUAUCGUCCAAAAAUGCUCGACAAUAAAUUCGAAGACAGCAGUGUGAAAUACGAGGGCGGAGAUUCAAUUGCUGACAUUGUUGAAUUCAUCCAAGUUAAUGCUCACGGUAUGGUAGGAGUGAGAACUCGCGACAGUCACGCAGACUUCAAGAAUCCAUUGGUGGUUGCCUACUACAAUGUCGAUUACAAAAAGAAUCCUAAGGGCUCAAACUACUGGCGUAAUCGUAUUUUGAAGGUUGCAAAGAAUUUCCCAAAAUUGAAUUUCGCAAUUUCGGCGAAAGACGAUUUCCAACAGGAAUUGAAUGAAUUUGGCGUUGAUUUCGCCGAUGGUAAGAAACCAAUUGUUCUUGCUCGUAAUGAAAAGAAUCAGAAAUACGUGAUGAAGGAUGAAUUCACAAUGGAGACAUUUGAGAAAUUCUUGACUGAUAUGGAAGCUGGUAAACUCGAGGUUUACAUGAAAUCUGAAGCAAUUCCUGAGGAUAACUCCGCUAAUGUUAAGAUCGCAGUUGCCAAGAACUUUGACGAAGUUGUAUUGAAUAACGAUAAGGACACUUUAAUCGAAUUCUAUGCGCCAUGGUGUGGUCAUUGCAAACAAUUGGCGCCAAUUUUCGACGAAUUGGGCGAUAAACUCGUCAACGAGGAUGUUGCAAUUGUGAAAAUUGACGCGACUGCAAAUGAUGUGCCUCCGCUAUUCGAGGUGCGAGGCUUCCCAACUCUAUUCUGGUUGCCAAAGGACUCAAAGGACAAGCCCGUGAAAUACGAGGGCGGACGACAAUUGGACGAUUUCGUGAAAUAUAUCGCGAAACACGCAACAAAGGAACUUAAAGGUUUCAAUAGAAAGGGCGAGGAGAAAUCAAAGGACGAGUUGUAAGGACAUUUUUUUAAAACAAAUUCCAACAGAAAAAUAUUGUUGAUAUUUUCUUUUUAGAGAAAAAAAAACUCCAAAAUUCAGGUAUCGUCCAAAGUGAUCAUUUAUUUUUUAAAUUUAUAUAGUUCGAUAGAAUCUUUAUUAGUUUCACAUUUAUGGAUCUGUAGAAUGUGCGAAUAUUUCUUUUUUCUUAGUAAUUAUUAGAAGUAAUGGACGAUUUAUCGGAAAAUAAAUAUAUGGAUUUUUUAAAAUAAGUGUUCAUUAAUAAGCUAGGCUGUAAAAUGGAAUUUAAAGAAAAAUUCUACAUUCAGAGAAGUUGAGUUCUUUUUAUAAAAUUUAUGUACAUUUUUAUAGUUAUGAAAAAUGCGAAAGGGUGUGCAAGAUUUUUAUAGGCGUGAAAUGUGAGAAAGAAAGAUAUUGCUUUUUGUUUAGGGAAAAACAAUACAAGAACUGAUUUUCUAACCAGUUAUAUAAAACUUCAUUCCACGUUUAUAUACAUGAAAUGAUGGUUCAGAUAAUUUAUAUUUCAAACCAUUGAUUUUUUAAUUAAAAACAGAAAACAUAAUAAAUUGUUUUAUAAUGAAA